UGAUGUUUAUUAUUUUUCUUCUCUCUUUUGACUUAGGUUAUUUUGAUAAUUACCAUUAUUAUCAUAAAUUCCUUUGUUUUGUUUUAUCAUGAUUAGGUAAAGCUGUUACCUUUCCUCUCUACAUAUAGUUACUCAAUUGAUGUUAAACAAACCAAACCUUAAUUAACUUUAAGUUUCCUUUGUUCAUCCUUUGUGUAUUUGAUUGUAGAACUCCCUUGGUGAUUGGACAGUCGUCUCAGGUUUCCAGUGAGCAAGGCUGCCCGACCGGUGUUACCGAUACUGGCUGCGAGUGAAACUCGGUCCCUCUUGUCUCAAGAGACAUCAGCAAUUUUGGCACUCCAAAGGUUGUGCUAAAAGUCACAAGCCAUGCUGUCCUGCGACACGCCAGAGUAACGGAGGACCGGGGACACUGCGGUUCAGUGUUUGGGGAGCACCGGGGAGGUUGACCAAGCCACUGGUUCCCACCUGAAUGACUUCAAUUCAACCAGAGACAGUAACCUGGGAGCCACCAACGAAGUUAAAUAGUAGAGCGACAACCAGCAGCCGGUGUCAUCACACGACCCGCUAGGCUACUGCCUGUCAAAUCUCCAUUUCAGGUCCUUCGUUGACCCAAGUUAAUUGGCUACUUAACUGUCUGACUGUUUGCAUCAGUCAGCCCCAAAAUUCUCAUAAACGGCACAGCCCGUAUGAAUAUAGCUCGUUAAACGUAGAACGAACUUGCAUUGGUCUUUUUGUGUGUGUGUGCUGUGCUUCUCUCGCCGACAGAGAAUCAGGAUGUUCCAGGCAUCCAGUCCAGCAGUCCACGGGGGCCACCUCUCGACAUGGUUGAAAGCAGUGACGACCCCCUUCCUGCCCAAGGAUGCCAUUAACCUGCAGCACCCAGAGCAACUAGACACCGAGCUAGAUGAACUGAUGGCACGCGAUCCAAACCAAAGCGACUACUACAGAGAACUCGCCAGGAUCUUCGGAAGCCUAGUUCCCAUUCUCGUCGCCCAGGCACCGCUCAGUGAACGGAACAACAUCGCGGAGGAGGCCUGGAAGGACCAGGCCCCAACCCAGAGUCAUCUUGAUCAGCUUCUCCUCGAGACCCAGAACCAGCGCGAGAAAGAGGACGACACAGAUCCAGAGCUACAGAAAGGAGUUGAAAGACUUCACAAUGCCCUGCAAGAUCUUCGCCUCGACACAGAUCAAAGAGAACAGCUGGAGAGAGAAGCCAGAAAAGAACUCAACAAAAAACUCCAGCAAGGCGACGCUCUCCUAAAAAGAGCAGACACUGAACUGAAAGAAAAAGACUAUAAAACCUGGGCCUGCAAAACACACUUGCAAGCGGCCCAAGCUAAAUUCAACAAGCUUACUCUGCAGAGAGACGAGCUCCAAGAUGAACUUGACACUGUUCACACCGAACUGAGACAAUCUCACAGAUUACAGAGUGGCUGGAUCGGAGAAACGCACACCACAAAAUUUCUCCCGGGCCGCCACUCCAACCCUUUCAGCCAAGAACCCAGAGCUGGAAAAGGAGAUGUAAGCUCACUUCUAAGGAAAUCACCAGCCAGCUUACAAGAACAUCUGUCAACAACGGAGGGAAGAGAACCCUUCCAGAGAACGCAUGUCACCAAACCCUGCACUGCUCACAGAGAACUUCACAAGCUAGCCAGAAGCAUCUCUACAUUCAUUCCAGAUCCUGCAGGAGGACAUGACGUUCAUGCUUCUUUACAAGCCAUUGACUUUCAUUUGCAAACUGUCGCCAACGUGACAGAUGUGAACACAUUGUACCUGUUAAAAAUCACGGCCAGCCGUGAUGUGCAUUGCUUUCUGGAUCGUCAACCAGAGACUGUCAAAGCGUACUACCAGCAACUGCUACAGACUUUGAUUCUUGAAUUCUCUGAUCCAAACUCAGACCAUGGGCUCCUUAUUGCUAUGGACCUCAAACAGGGCCGAUUUGAAAACCCACAGACUUUCUGUAGUCAGCUACGAAACAGCUACUUCGGAGCAUGCAACGAACCAGGACGCCCUGUGCUCCUGCUCUAA